AUGACGGAUAUCUACGUGGCUGGCGCUGUGGCCGCCUUUACCAUUGACCUCCUCGUCUACCCCCUAGACACAAUAAAGACGAGAUAUCAGAGCCAAGACUAUGCCGCCGGCUCUGGCACCAAGCCUUUGUCCCCCCGCGGAUUAUAUCAGGGCGUCGGCAGCGUGAUACUAGCGACUCUCCCGGCAGCCGGCUUAUUCUUCUCGACGUACGAGAAUGCCACGGCCACCCUGUCCCGAACAUUACCAGCCCCAAAGCCGAUAGUCCACUCGGCAGCGUCAGCGGUAGCGGAGAUGGCAUCUUGCAUGGUCAUUGCACCGGCCGAAGUGAUCAAGCAGAACGCUCAGAUGGUACGGAAACGAGACUCGGGUGGUGGCAGCCGAGACUCAUCAUCACUCCGAGCGCUGAGACAGCUGGGCGGGCUGGGCGCCCCAAGGAGGCUGUUCACGGGGUACACGGCUCUGGUGGCUCGCAACCUGCCAUUUACUGCUCUCCAGUUCCCCAUGUUUGAACAUAUUCGUGCGAGGAUGUGGGAAAGGCGGCACCGAGGAGGGGAGGCCAGCGGCCCUGCGGGACUGCUGGAGACGGGAGUGAUUUCUGGUGUCAGUGCGGGGGGUGCGGGUGCAGUGGCGGCCUUCAUCACGACUCCCAGCGAUGUUGUCAAGACGCGGAUGAUGCUCUCGGCUGGUCAGGACAAGAACAGACAUGGGGCAUGGUCUGUGACGAAGCGGGUAUAUACUCGCGACGGGGUUCGUGGUCUCUUCCGGGGUGCUCUACUGCGGUCCGGAUGGACGCUUCUGGGAUCUGGCCUGUACCUUGGGACGUAUAAUGUCGCUACGGUAUGGUUGAAGCAGGGAAAGUCCGAUAUUGCUGAUCUGUAA